AUGCUGUCAGCCUGGUGGGCCCCUCUCAUCACCCUUCCUAUGGGAACGGCCGUGCCUCUGAGCGACGAGCUCCUCUCAGCGGCUAAGGUAGGAGCCCCGGCUAGCAAGGCAAAAGCCAAGAAGGCGGCGGCAAAGAAGAAAGUUACCGCUGCGGACCUUGCCCAGCAUAUGUCCCUUUUGACAUCCAUGUUGCCCCAGCUCGCCGAGCAGCUCGCCAGCGUGAAGGAGAGGCAGGAUGCCCUGAACAAUCAAGUGGCUACGGGAAGCAAGCCGGACCAAAGCCGGCUCAUCAGCAACCAUUCCUUCCUUGUCACGGUCCUGGUUUACGGGUGGCAAUGCAAGCUUCGCUGGGGGGCCCGCCUCCUCGCACUCGACCUCUGCUUGCCGAUGCCAAGAAUAUCCUGUGGUGGCUCAUGCUGCGGCGGGUGUCUUUGCGCGGGGUUUGGCUCCAGCGGCUAG